AUGGAAGACGAACGGAGAUUUGAGGAGACCCUGCAAGGCAUCACCUUUAAAGAUAGACCGCUGGAGAUCAACAUAGCAAGGUUCGCAAGGAAACUGAUUGAUUCAAAGGAGGCUAAGUUUAUGAUGAAUCAGAAUCAACACAGACGUCCACAGGAAUGUCGAUGGAAUGGUAAAGACAACAGAUCUUUCGCUGAGGUGGUACGAGGUAGAAACAAACUAGGGAGACCUACGGCCUACCAAACUCAAGAACAUAUAUCUCCAAUCAAAAUCAUGGAUGACUCACCGCUCAGGGGAUGGUUGAGUAGUAAGCUAACUUUGAUCGGGGAAACACAUAGUUUCGACCACUUGGAAAAGGCGCCACUUGCAUUCAAGAACUGUGAUGGUGAGCUGAGUGAGCUGACAGUUGAGAUUAACGGUAAGACAAUCAAAAUCCGAAUUGAUGAAGUUGAUCUUGAUUGGACUCCAUUUAAGCAGUAUGAACAAUCAAUGGAGGAUACAUUCUCGUUAGACGAAGGUGAGGACGAAGUGGAGGACAUGGAUGGAACGGACGAUGAAGAUCACGUAUCGGAUACCUUUCCAAUGCAGUAUGAAAGGAAAGAACCAGAAGAGGGCGGGAUUAGAGAUGAGGAUGGAACGGAAUUAAACUCUUACAUAAACGUGGCCGGUAAGCAUAGCAACUCGGUGAAGGCUCCGUCAUCGGCGGACAUGGUAGCGGUGGAGACUGAUGGUGGAAGCGAAACCGACUCGCAUAGAGAAUCCCAAAGGACGCAAAUUAAUGCGAACAUUAAUGAAGGGUCCGUUAAUGAAACGCCUAAUGAAGAAGCGGUAAAUGCAGCGCUGUCACAAAACUUGAAGUCUAACUAUUUGGGCCAUAUGGAUUCGUCAAAUGGGCCCCUAAACAUGUUACCUAUAUCUGGCUGCUUUGGUCCCUUUCCUAAUAAUAUGGUUCGAAGUGAAUCAUUUUCGGGUCGGAUUAACAACAACUUUAAAGGAUCAUGCGAUAAAAGAAGACGGAUAUUGACUCCGAUUCCUGAGUCGUUCAUGGAAAAUCAGAUGGCGUCUUCAAAUCAACCCUCCAUCGACUUAAAUCAAGUUCUGCUCCCAUCCUAA